UACGUGCGCGCCGUCGUCGCUGCCGUCCGCUAGGAGCGCCGGAGGGGUGUCAUGGCGAGUUCUACAGCCUCCACAGUGCGACCGCCGAGGCCCAAGAAAGAGCCGCAGGCGCUCGUCAUCCCCAAGAAUGCGGCGGAGGAGCAGAAGCUCAAGCUGGAGCGGCUCAUGAAAAACCCGGACAAAACAGUUCCAAUUCCAGAAAAAAUGAGUGAAUGGGCACCUCGACCUCCCCCAGAAUUUGUCCGAGAUGUAAUGGGUUCAAGUGCUGGGGCUGGAAGUGGAGAGUUCCACGUGUAUAGGCAUCUACGCCGGCGAGAGUAUCAGCGACAGGACUACAUGGACGCCAUGGCCGAGAAGCACAAAUUGGAUGUCGAGUUUCAGAAGAGACUGGAAAGGAAUAAAAUUGCUGCAGAGGAGCAGACUGCAAAGCGUCGAAAGAAGCGCCAGAAGUUAAAAGAGAAGAAAUUACUGGCAAAGAAGAUGAAACUUGAACAGAAGAAACAAAAAGAAGGACCCAGUCAGUCCCAAGAGCAUCCGUCCAGCAGCUCUGAGGAGGCAUCCGGGACAGAGGAGGAGGAAGAGGAGGAGCCCAGCUUCAUCAUGGGGCGAUGACUGCGGGUCACAGUGACUGUCUAGAGCCCAGGGCCUCAGAAAACCCUCCACAUGACCCAAGGAGAAAAGAGGCUGUUUGAACUCAGUUUCUAUCCCAAGCCUCGCUGAACAGAAGCAAGUGGGAAGCCGUCCCAGCUGCUCGAGGCCCUGCCAGUAGGCAGGACUCGGAGCCUGUGGGACAGAGAAGACUGUCUCCUGGACGCUCCAGGGCAAUGCCAAGGGGAGCUCAUUAAUGUUUCCGCUGAAAGGGGGAAAACGUUUAACCUUCUUCUUCCCCUGGUGUUUAUUCCCACGUACUUGGACAUUGACGCGUUUGGGGCUGAUUUCUAUGGAAGGAAUGUUUAUUUAGUAAAGAACAGAAAAACUUUGGA